UAAGGGGAAAAGGUGAAGGGAAAAUAUAAAUAAAAUAUUGAUAAAUGUAACAUAUUCAAAGAUCCGGUCAACCAGUAGACCCCCACCCCCUUUUAACAUUCAUUUAGCUGAACCAAUAAACUGUGAAGAGUGCACAAAGAGAAGGAGGUAACAUAACCACACAAAAGCACUGAUAGAAGCACUGGGGACGGGCCAACACAGAGGGGAGGGUGAGUGACUACAGAUUUAGCUGGAGUGGACACUUGGUGGAGCCCCACAGAGGGAAAGGGAGAGAGAGGACGGAAACGUCGACGCACCGCUGACCAGGACUACAACCUAACUUCGCCUCCUCUCCAUUUCUUUUCUAGUUUAUAUUGGCCUUUAUUUUCCCUCCCAAUGCGCCUCUCUCACAGAAGUUAGCGGGGUCAUUUCAUCUUAAACUCACACUAGUUUACUCCUCAAACUUUUCCAGUCGAAGCGGACAGGUGGACAUGAUGGCGAGCGGAGCGGCGCCGCUCGAUGCUGCGCUCUCCCCGACUCGGCGCAUACAGACGCGGAUCGCGUUACUCCUGUUCUGGCCGCUCUUACUGACCUGCUGCUUCUUGGUGUCGGCUCAGGAGCUGCCGAACAACGGGGUGAACGGUUACAGCCUGCACCCGCCCUACUUCAAUCUGGCUGAGGGCACAAAGAUCACUGCUACAGCGACCUGCGGGGAGGACGACAGCGGCAGGACGGUGCAGGACCUGUACUGCAAACUGGUCGGAGGCCCGGUGUCCGGAGACCCGAGCCAGACCAUCCAGGGCCAGUACUGUGACAUUUGCAGCCAGGGCGACAGUGACCGUGCCCACCCCAUCACCAAUGCCAUCGAUGGGACAGAGCGAUGGUGGCAGAGCCCACCUCUGUCUCGCAGCACAGAGUACAAUGAGGUCAAUGUCACCCUGGACCUUGGACAGCUCUUCCAUGUGGCCUAUGUGCUGAUAAAGUUUGCCAAUGCUCCCCGUCCAGACCUCUGGGUUCUGGAAAGAUCCAUUGACUUUGGCCAGACGUACCAACCCUGGCAAUACUUCGCCUCCUCUAAGAGAGACUGCAUUGAUCGAUUUGGACAGAGGACAAUUGAGAGAAUCAACCAUGAUGACGACAUCAUCUGCACAACUGAAUACUCACGUAUAGUCCCGCUGGAAAAUGGAGAGAUUGUUGUUUCCUUGGUGAAUGGUCGUCCUGGGGCACUGAACUUCUCCUACUCACCAGUGCUGAGGGAGUUCACCAAGGCCACACACAUCAGGCUGCGCUUCCUGAGAACCAACACACUGCUGGGACACCUGAUGGGCAAGGCGCUCCGUGACCCCACUGUCACACGAAGGUACUACUACAGUAUCAAAGACAUCAGUAUUGGCGGACGCUGUGUGUGUAAUGGACACGCUGAGGCCUGCAAUGCCGAGGACCCCAGUGACCCCUAUAAGUUACAGUGCGACUGCCAGCACAACACCUGUGGUGUGUCCUGUGACCAGUGUUGCCCUGGAUACAACCAGUUACCAUGGAAACCAGCCAAUACCUAUAGCGCCAAUGAGUGUGAACCAUGUAAUUGCCACCGCCAUUCGUUUGACUGUUAUUACGACCCUGAAGUUGAUCGGAGGAGAGGCAGCAUCGAUGUCCAUGGACACCACAGAGGAGGAGGGGUCUGCCUCAACUGUCAGCACCACACCACUGGAGUCAACUGUGAGCGCUGUGUCUCCACCUACUACAGGUCACCUGACCACUCAGUAGACUCCCCAUUGGCCUGCUCACCCUGCAACUGUCAGUCAGAGUUUACAGAUGGCAACUGUGAGGAUCUGACCGGUCGCUGUUUCUGCAAACCAAACUACACAGGGGAAUACUGUGACUCCUGUGCCAGCGGCUUCAUGAACUUUCCCGACUGUUACCCCAUUCCCAUCUAUCCCCCCACCACCAACAGUGAGGCCAAACCAGCGGGGGAUUUCAUCAACUGUGAGUGCAAUGCAGCAGGGACUGUGGAUAACUCGUGUAGGUCCGAUCCCCGGACUCGAACCUGCAUCUGUAAACCAGGUUUCACCGGUGACCCCUGUGAUGCCUGUGCUCCAGGCUUCUAUGGACCCAACUGUCAGGCCUGUCAGUGUUCAGGUCCUGGCUGUCUGGACGGGUCAUGUGACUUCGUGACCGGUCAUGGUGUGUGUCGGAGAGGUUUCCAAGGUUACCAGUGUGACCAGUGUGCGCCAGGUUACUUCAGCUACCCACUCUGCCAGCUGUGUGGUUGCAGUUCAGUCGGUUCUCUCCCUGAACGCUGUGAUGCUUAUGGUCACUGUCUGUGUAAACCUGAGUUUCAGGGUCCGCGAUGUGAACAGUGUAAAUCUGGAUUCCACUCCUACCCUAACUGUCAAGUGUGCACCUGUGACCCUCGCACCGCAGUGGACAGCAGCUGUACUGCGUCAGGUCACUGCCACUGCCGACCCAAUUACAGUGGAGCGUCAUGUGACCAGUGUGCUCCUGGUUACUAUGGUUACCCGAGCUGCACACCCUGUCGGUGUUCUACAGAAGGCUCUCGCUACACCAGCUGUGACCAGGUGACAGGACAGUGUGUGUGUGUACCCAACGUGGUGGGACUGAGGUGUGACAGCUGUGCACACAGUUCCUACGGCUUUCCCAAUUGCCAAGCUGGUACCUGCCACCCUGCCGGCUCAGUCCAGCAUGCGGUACAGCUACCUGUGGGCCAAUGUGAAUGCCGUCGCCAUGUGGAGGGCCCAGCCUGUGACAAAUGUAAACCUCUGUACUGGAAUCUCUCCCCUGACACUCCUGAUGGAUGCUCCAGCUGUGAGUGUAACAUUGCAGGGACUCUAAGUGGCAUUGCAAUGUGUGCACAGGAAACUGGUCAGUGCCACUGUAAGCCCAACGCCUGCAGUGGAGCUUGUACGACCUGCAAAGAUGGCUACUACAAGCUGCAGGCACACAACUACUUCGGCUGCCAGGGCUGCCAGUGUGACAUUGGAGGUUCGGUAGGUCAAUCCUGUGAAGACAGGAACGGCCGCUGUCGCUGCAGACCCAACAUAGAUGGACCGAAAUGUAACCAACCUCGUCCAGAUCAUUACUUCCCAGACCUCCACCAUAUGAAGUUUGAAAUUGAGGAGGGAACCAUGCUUGAUGGCCGACCGGUGCGAUUUGGCUAUAACCCCCAGGAGUUCCCGGGCUUCAGCUGGAGAGGUUACGCUCAGAUGUCCCCAAUCCAGUCUAAGGUUUUGGUGUCCGUGUCAGUAAGCUCUCCAGACCUCUUCCAUGUGGUGCUGCGCUACGCCAACUGGGGGAGCUCAGAUGUUCGGGGAAGGUUAUCUGUGAUAGAGGCCACCCAGAACUACUACUGUGGUAACUGUUCAGAACAGUCCAAACAGAUAGUCUUUGCUCCCAGUGUGGAGCCGACUUUUGUAAAUGUUCCCCAGAAUAACUUUGUGGAGCCUUUCGUCCUGAACCCUGGAACCUGGACUGUAGUUAUAGAGGCUGACGGCAUCUUUCUGGAUUAUUUAGUCCUGCUGCCCAGCGCCUACUAUGAAGCUCCUAUCCUGCAGAUUAGACUUACAGAGCCCUGCACCUACAACGCUCUACCUGACACCAACCAGAACUGUCUGCUGUAUAGGUAUCUCUCUCUGGACUCCUUCCCUUCCAUCUCUGGCAAUGAUGCCAGCUGUCGCAGCGAUAACCACCUGCCGCGCCCCUGCCCAACUGAGAAGGUCACCCCCCGCCAUCCCGACAUGGCUGUCUGCAGUGGCAACGAUAUCAGCAUUGAGCUGCGAGCUGUGGGUCUGUCGGCUCCAGGUGACUACGUUCUGGUGGUGGAGUAUGCCAGUGAGGAAGAACUGCCCCAAACUCUGUCUGUAUCCGUUAAUAUGCCAGGAGCACGAGCACAUCAGCAUCUUGUCACCCUACUGCACUGCAAGUACAGCUUCCUGUGUCGAGUUGUGGCCACUGAUAAACACAACAGAGUGGCUGUCUUCUCUCUGCCUGCUGACACCGAGGUCCAGCUCAUCUCUGACCGGGCCAGCUUCUUCCUGCACAAAGUAUACUUGGUACCUGAAGACCAGUUCACCAUGGAAUAUGUGGAACCUAGAGUCUACUGCAUCAGCACUCAGGGACGGUUCUCACCUGACAGUUCCUCCUGUGUCCCCUCACGCUUCCAGACCCCAUCAGAAUCACUGGUCCUGAAGGAAGGCCAGAGCUCGACCAUGCAGGAGCCCAUCCUGGCCUCCCCUGCAGCAGCCACUCCUCCGCCCUUCAUCCACGGACAUGAGUCGGCCUGGAGCAGAGCAGAGCAACCUCCCCAUGGAACAGAUAACAGCCCGCACAUCAGGCUGGACUCACUGCAGAAUGCAGCGGUGUACUCAGCCCGUGUCCAUGCCCUGGGGCGUUACGUCUUCAUCCUCCACUAUCACCAGCCUCUCCAUCCCACCUAUAUUGUGCAGAUUUACAUUAACGCAGGACGAAUCUGGCAGGGGCACACCAAUGCUUCUUUCUGCCCACAUGCUUAUGGCUGCCGUGACGUUGUGGUCUCUGAGAAUCAGAUCAUUCUGGAUGUGAUGGACCAUGAGGUCUUCCUCACAGUGCAGAUACCUGCAGGCAAGAUGCUCUGGCUGGAUUAUGUGCUGGUGGUGCCUGAGGCCAGUUAUAGAUCGAGCUACCUGAACGAGGAACCUCUGGACAAGUCGUACGACUUCAUCAGCAACUGUGGCCAAAACAGCUUUUACAUCAAUCCUUCCACCACCUCUCCAUUCUGCCUCAGCUCGGCUGUGUCUCUGUCAGCCUUCUUCAAUAAUGCGGCGAUGCCUUGUGCCUGCCACGAGGUCGGAGCCGAGAGCGACACCUGCGAGCUGUUUGGCGGUCAGUGUCGCUGCAGGCCAAACGUGAUUGGCCGAGACUGCUCAAUGUGUGCCACGGGCUACUGGGGUUUCCCCAACUGCAGGCCCUGUAACUGUGGUACAAGGCUAUGUGAACCAGUGACUGGUGAUUGUAUCUGCCCUCCAAGGACUCUGCACCCUGAGUGCACCCAGUGUGAGCCCCAGACAUUUGGCUGCCACCCGGUGGUGGGGUGUGAGGUCUGCAACUGCUCUCUUCUGGGCGUCAUCUCUCCUGAUGUCAGCUGUGAUACGCUCAGUGGCCAGUGCAGAUGUAAGAACAACAUUGUAGGUCGCCAGUGUGACCGCUGUGCUCCUGGUUUCUAUGGUUACCCCAACUGUAUGCCAUGUAACUGCAAUGAGGCAGGGACUGAGGAGGAAGUGUGUGACUCCUUCACAGGACAGUGUCUGUGCAAGGAGAAUGUCCAGGGUUCUCGCUGCGAUCAGUGCAGAGUUGGCACGUUCCACCUGGACCCGACCAACCCAAAGGGCUGCACCAGCUGCUUCUGUUUUGGAGCCACUGACCGCUGUCGCAGCUCUGACAAAAGACGCACAGAAAUCAUGGACAUGGAGGGCUGGGUGCUGCUGGGAGCAGACAAACAGGAGGUACCAGUGGCAGUGUAUCCUGGUCAGGACCUUGUAGAGGCCGACCUCAGUGAUGUACCUGAUGUAUACCAGGAUCUGCACUGGCACGCGCCAAAGACUUACCUGGGAGACAAGGUCUCAUCUUACGGAGGCUAUCUGAGGUAUCGGGUCUACACUCAGACCAUGAGAGGUGAUGUGUUGUCUCUGCCUGCAGAAGCCUCUAGGCCUGACAUCAUUCUCAAGGGCAACCAGAUGACCCUGGUGUUCAUAGAGAGAGAGUACUCCUCACCUGAGGAGCCUCACCUAGGAAUACUUCAUGUAGUCGAGGGAAGUUUCCGUCACGCUCAGACCGGUAACUCUGUGUCUCGGGAGGAGCUGAUGAUGGUUCUGGUCAGUCUGGAGUCUUUACAGAUCCGAGCUCUGCACUCCCAGUCUGCCCACUCGGUGUCGCUCCAGGGUGCUGUGCUGGAGGGCGCUGAGAGCCUACCCUCUGGUCGCCAUGCCAACAAUGUGGAGAUCUGCAUGUGUCCCGCCAACUACUUGGGAGACUCAUGUCAGAAAUGUGCUCCAGGUUAUUACAGAGAUGCUAUUGGCCUGUUUCUGGGGAAGUGUGUUCCCUGUAACUGUAAUGGACACUCAGACCAUUGUCUGGAUGGAUCUGGAAUCUGUGUGAACUGCCAGCAUAAUACAGCAGGCGACCACUGUGAGAGAUGCCAGGGUGGUUUCCUUGGCAACAAUAGUCUUGAUGGACAAGUAGUGUCAUGUUCCAGUUGUCCCUGCCCACUGAGGGUCCCAUCCAACAAUUUUGCAGUAGGUUGUGUGCAGAGAAACAACAGGAUGCAGUGUCUGUGUAUGCCGGGUUAUGCUGGACCAAAUUGUGAAAGGUGCGCCCCUGGUUUCUACGGCAACCCGAUGGUACUUGGUAGCAGGUGUCAGCCAUGCCAUUGCCAUGGCAACACAGACACCAACAUGUUGUUCACUGAUUGUCACCCACUGACCGGAGAGUGUCUGAGCUGCAUUCACAAGACAGCUGGACCUCACUGUGACAUUUGUGCACCUGGUUACUAUGGAGACGCCAUCACCACCAAAAACUGCACCAAAUGCAGCUGCUCUCAGUGUGGCACUGAGUCAUGUGACCCUCACACUGGACAGUGUCGCUGCAAACCAGGAGUGACUGGACCACAGUGUGACCGCUGUAAUGAUGGCUCAUUUGGUUUCGACUCGUGCUCUGGCUGCCGUCAGUGUGACUGCGAUGCCUCAGCAGCUCUCGUCAAGCCAUGUGACCCUCAUAGCGGUCAGUGUGCCUGCCAGCCCGGAGUCAACGGACCCAGCUGCAAACAGUGUGCCCCUGGAUACUGGGACUACGGACCUAAUGGAUGCAGGAAGUGUAACUGUAGAGGAGGUCGCUGUGACCCCCGCACAGGAGAGUGCCACUGCCCUGACGGCAUGACAGGAAAGCAGUGUGACACCUGCAUACAGCAGUACAGUAUGCCUGUAGAGCACCACCACGCCAUGCACUGUGAACCGUGUGACAGCUGUGUCAUCGUCCUGUUGGAGGAUCUGGAAAAGAUGACCGACGACUUCGACUCCGUCGCCGCUCGGCUGAGCACGCUCAACGCCAGCUCCGUGGCUUGGGCUGAGCUGGACAAUCUCAGCAAGUCUGUGGAGAACAUUGCUCAUGCCAUAGAUAACUACAACAGCACCCUGGAAGAGAGCAGGAGUCAGGCCGACAUGAUAGAUGCUGAAAUCAUAAAUAUCAAGGAUGACAUUGAUGAACUGCAGGACAAGGCAAAAGUGAUGACUGACAGGGUUGUUGACCUGAAUGAUAGUACGGCUAACACACACCAGAGAGCACAAGAUCUUCUGUCCCUCAUUAACAACAUGACCAAGGCUAUAAACGAUAUCAUCCUGAUGGCCAACAGGUCAUCUCUGAAUGACACAGACGGAGAGCAGGACACUGAAGACGAGGAGAAGAUGAUGAGGGAGAUACAGGACAUGCUGAGGGAGAUGAGGGACAGGAGCUGUGUGGGACAGAAGAAACUGGCCGACAAGGAGAAAACUGAGGCACAGAAAUUGUUGGACCGCGUUAACAAGGAGCUGGCAAACCGUCAGGUAGAAAACAGUGACCUGGCCAAGGCCAUCAGAGACCGGCUGGCUCGUUUGCACUCUGAAAUGAUGGACCUCCGAGACGCCCUCAAUGAAGCUGUGAACAACACGGCCAGAGCUGCAGAGAUCAACAAUGUCAAUGAGAAAACACAGGAGGAUAACAAGAGGAAGAUAGAGGACCUGCUGUCCAAGCAGAAGGAGGUGACUGACCAGUUAAAUAUGAUUGAAACCGAUGUCGCCCAGGUCGAUGAUGUGCUGUCCAUGCUGCAGGACUCCAAAGAGGAGUACGAGAGGUUGGCAGCCCAGCUAGACGGUGCCAGGACCCCACUGGAAAAGAAAGUGCACAUGUUUGCUGGGACCUACUCCAAGAUUCCCCUGGUAGAGGCGGCUGAGAACCAUGCUGAGCUGCUGAAUGCUUUAGCCAUGAACCUGUCCAGUUUGGUUGCAGAAACUAAGAAGGACAGAGUUGUAGAUGUCACACAAGCCUACAGCAGGAUUGUCAACACCAUCGCAGAGGCAGAGGAGGCUGCCAAGAUGGCUGACAAGGCUGCUAACAUCACUUUGGAGAACAUAAAGGAUCAGGACCUCGGUCAGAUGGCUGAUUCUCUGAAGAAACACAGCGUGGACCUAAAGGAUGAAGUCGAAAAGCUAAAUGAUCAACUCAACAACAAGCUGAAGCCCCAGCUAGAAGAUGCUCGGAGGCGGCUGAAUGACUCCAAAACCAAACAGGUUCAAGUGAUGAAGAAACUGGCAACGGUUCAGAGCAACCUAAACUCCACCACAAAUGUAAGUCAGGAGAUCAGUGAGGCGAAGCAAGCAGCGGAUCUGGCAAACACCACAGCCACCCAAAUCAACGAUGCCUUGCGUCCCAUUAAAGAGCAGCUGGACCGAUGGCAGCAGACCUACAGAGAUGCUAACAUCAGCAAUGACGACAUCAGCAAGGCCUUGAUGGAGGCCAACAAGACUGUGCACGAGCUGGGUACCUCGAUUCCUACACUCCUAACAAAGUUGGAUCAGCUACAGAAUCACUCCAUCCACAUGCCCAACAUCUCUGAGAACAUCAACCGCAUUCGGCAGCUCAUACAGCAGGCACGCAACGCUGCCAGCAAGGUUAGCGUGCCGAUGAAAUUUAACGGGGCCUCUGGUGUCCAGGUUCGUACUCCACCUAACCUGGCUGACCUGGCUGCCUACACCUCCCUGAAGUUCUACAUCACUCUGCCGACACAGGACAAGCAGCAGGGCAACAGUACCCGACAGUUCAUCUUCUACCUCGGCAACAAGGAUUCCAUUAAGGAGUAUCUGGGCAUGGUGCUGGAUGGGCAGCGACUGCACUGGUUCUUUAACGUAGGAGGAGAAACUGCUGAGGUGGAGAUGCCUGAGGAUGUUCAGUCCAAUGGAAACUUCAACAAUGUAGUCUUGGAGAGGAUCCUUCAGUAUGGUCAAAUGUCCAUAUCUUCAGAAGCCACCGAGGGGGACAAAAGAGUCACCAAAGCUCAUGCGGAGGCUACAGGAGAUCAGGGUCUACUCAACCUCUUGACUGAUGACACAGUCUUCUAUGUGGGAGGAUACCCGGCAACAUUCACACCCCCUCGCCCACUUGCUCUGCCUAACUUUAAGGGCUGCAUUGAGCUGGAGACACUGAAUGAGGAGGUGCUCAGUCUGUAUAACUUUGAAAGCAUCUUCAAUCUCAAUACCACACAGGAGAAACCUUGUGGCAGAUCGAAGCCGGUGCUGACUCAGGCCUGGGUGAAUGAUGCGGCAUAUUUCGACGGUACCGGCUUCGCUGAGAUCACCUUUACUCAAGAAUCUGAUCGUGUCCAAACUCAGCGUCUUGAACAGGAAGUCAAACUGCUCUCACACAGGGGAAUACUGCUUCUCCUGCAAAACGAGAAUCAGUUCCUGUGCCUGGCGGUGCUUAAGGGCAGGCUGAGGGUUUUCUACGAUUUCUAUGGUGAUAUGAAGGAGCUUGAACCUAAAGAUUCGACAUCAGAUUCUCUGAAGAUCAGCGAUGCUGAACCCAAAGCUCUGGAGAUUAUCAUUCUGCGAAUGCAAUCGAACCGUGUUGUGGUGAGGAACAACCGCAUCCCCCUUUACAAUCAACAGUUUACAGAGGGCAUCCCUUCAUUCAAUGGCAACUACUACCUGGGAGGAGUACCACAGCAAAAGAUGCCUGAGAAGUUGAAGUCUCUGUUUCCCAAGCAGGGUUCUCUGAAGGGCUGUUUCAGGAAUGUGAAGGCCCAGAGCGUUCACAUCGACUUGAAGAGGAUGACAAGCUCUGGAGUCAGUUUCGGCUGUGACAGUGAUCUGCUGAUUGCUCGGGAGGCUUAUUUCUCUGGUCAGAGCUUCCUGGAGUUGGGUCUGACCAACACCUUGCACCUAAAGAACAACUUCUAUGCCAGCUUCAGCUUCAGAACUGAGCAGAAGGAGGGGCUCGUGUUCUACCACCACGAUCAGGAUGGAGUGUGUCAGGUGUUCUUACAUGAGGGCCACGUGGUGGUGAGAGUUGACAACAGUGAGAUUAAGACGCAGAAGACAUACAACGAUGGCAACAGCCAUUACAUUGCUAUCUACAACAACAUCAAUGGAUUGCGUCUGUACAUGGACGAUGUGCUGGAGAGAGCAAAGGAGAGCAUCAGGCUGGACAGCACAGGCACUGGCGUGACCACCUCAGAAGGAAGCACCUUCCUGGGAGGACUGCCUGACCAGAGCCUUGCCAACCUCACUGGGUGUAUCAGCAAUGUUUUCAUCAAAAGAGAAACCAGUCCUCAGAUGAUUGUGAACUUGCUGAGCGCCAAUGAAAAUGUCAACGUGCCUCUGACCUGUCCUGCUGCCAAGAAACCUCAGCAGAUUGUUGCUGCCCAGCCCAAACACAGCAGCAAACCCAAGGGUAAGCACAAGAAACCAUCGGGGUCUCGCAGUCGUAACUCCAGGGAGUCGUGUCAGGGCGAGCAAUCGGAGCAGGAGACCGGAGCGACGCACUUCAGCGGCUCCACACACAGCUACCAGAGAUAUGACUCUCUGCCCAGAUCACUCAGCUCAGUACCGCACAUCUCGAUGGCUGUGAAAAUCAACUCCUCUGAUGGUCUGCUGCUCCACAUGAUCAGUGGGCAGCGCGGCGGAGCGGUGAUGUCACUCAGCGUGUCGGACGGCCACCUGCUGCUUUUGUUGGACGGAGGGAAAAGGCAGGUCAGCCUGCGCAGCCGUAAGAAGUACAACAACAACCAGUGGCACACGGUGUUUGUAAAGCGUGAGGGAGAGAGGGUCAGUCUGACAGUGGACGGUAUCAGCGCUCAGUCUAAGAGAGUUCCUGGAGGAGACAGGACUCGUCUCACUGGGCCUUUAUAUGUCGGGGGAGCGCCGCCCUCACUGAUGGCCCCAGGCUCUGGUGGUUUUGUCGGGUGUGUCAGGGACCUGACACUGAAUGAAUCCCCUGCAGGAAGCCCUGCUUACAGCCAGGGGACAGUGCCCUGCUUCCAAACCCCUCUGCAGCCGGGAGCCUACUUCUCUGGCCAGGGAGGACAUAUGGCAAUAGAUGAAUCCUUGGUUCUGGGGCGGGAUUUUGAGAUCCAGCUAGAGGUUCGACCCAUCUUGGACUCCGGGCUGCUGUUGCAUGCUGGGACAUCACCUGACCGACACCUGGAUUUGGUCCUGAGGCAGGGAGAGGUGACUGUUUCAGUGAACAAUGGCAAAGGUGAACUGUCUACCUCGUUCACUCCUGAAGAAUCGCUCUGUAAUGGCCAUUGGCACACAAUCACAGUGGUGAAGAAGAACAGCGUUCUCCAGCUCCAUGUGGAUGCAGCCAGUGAGCACAGCAUCGGCCCUAAACACAGGGGGUCUACAGGGGCUAAGGAGACCGUUUACCUCGGAGGGGUACCUGAUGGCGUCCCAGUUCCCGGUCUGCCUGCUGGCCUACCAGCCUUCCGUGGCUGCAUUCGCCGAGUAACAAUGAACCACAGACCUGUCAUGUUGUCCAAACCACUGGCUGUGCAUGGUGCUGUGGGGACACAGGGCUGCCCACACAUGUAGACCCCACCCACACACAGUCUUAGCCCCACAUUCCCUAACUACAGAUUACUGGUGGUGGGCAUCAUGUUACUGUAGCUAAUUUAAAAUAUAUGAAUAUUUAUUUUCUAUUUCCAGAAAAAUGUAUAUUUUCACAUUCGUCAUCACACUAUUUGUUUUUGUGCUACAGGGUGCUACAACAGUGACAAGUGUCUCCACAUAUAGGAUUGGACUGAUACAAGUAACUGGUAUCAGAUGUCAAUUAUUCAACUAGGGUUGAAAUUUGACAUCUGAUACUAGUUACUUGUAUCAGUCCAAUCCUAUAUGAAUUACAAAAUGAGCAGUAUAUUGUAAUAAAGCUAACACAGCUGGAAUGCUCCUGCUUUUCCAAAGAAAUCAUGAAAAAUAAGUUAGGUAAAUUAUAAAUUCUUUGAAUAAAUCAAUAAAUUCUGAGACAGGAUGAUUCCAUCUGGCAUCAUGCAUCUCUAGCAGAUACUGAGUCGCCACACUGUGAACGCCAACAUCCUAAAACAGGGCCUAGGACUGAACUUAAUAGGAAAAUUUGAGUUUAUAAGUUCCUAACACCUACUUGGACAAAUUUAACACAAAAGGUUGUGUAUUCAUAUGGAAAAAGGGCAUAAGAGCAGGUAUUUUCGAUUGGCUGUUCUCUGUAUUGUUUGAAACACACAUCUCCUCAUACCUUGGUUUUUUCUGGCUCCCCAGACCUUUCAGGUCAUACCGUAGUUUCAAACUAAAGAGUGUUCAGAUCAACAUCCACACUGAAAAACCUGCUCUGAUGUAUCCAAUCAGCCAUAACAUCAUGACCACUGAGAGGUGAAGUGACACCAUCUGUUACAGUGGCACCUGUCAGUGUGUG